AGGUGUGGUGAGGUGGGGAGGGUAUUGUUUAAGGAGGCCUGAGUGAUCUCUGAUGGGGGGGGCCCCCGACUCUCAGUGGGUAACGACAGAUCUCCGCUGCUGCCACUACUCCACAUCCCUUAUCAACCCCACUUCCAAACAUACCACAGCGCUCCACAAGGUAAAGAAGCCCCCCCCCCCUCGCCUGCGGCAUUCACACAUAUGAGUUGAUGAAGUCUGAAAUGGACAGAGCACUCCAGGCCCACUGUCUUAGUGAAUGGAGGAGGUUAGAACAUGAGGCUGAAUUGGUGCUUCAAAAACUGGCAUUCUCCUUGAAACAAACAAGUCCCUUUGGCCUCUGUAAAAACAGUCAAGGACGUGUCCCUCCUUUCAAUGGGCCGAUGUUGAUCAGUCCACUUCAGAACCCUGGCUUGGCUGAGAGGUGAGGGGCGGAAGAGGAUUCAACAAUUUCACAAGGCUGUAAAAAGGAAGAAAGUUCAGAAUUUGCAAUUUAUCUGCAGAAAAAGAGUCUUGAGAUCAUCAGAAAUGAAACUCAGUGUAUACAUACAAGAUCCAUGAAUUAUUACCUCAGCCGAGAAGGUUUUGUUUUCAUUUUGUUUGUCUGUCAACUGGUUAGGUAGUUAGCAGGUUUAUGCAAAAAUUACUGGACGGAUUACCAUGAGAAAUUGGUUGAGGAUGUGAUAUGGGUCAAGAAAGAACCCAUGAAAUUUCGUUGCAGAUCCGAAUCUAAAUAUAAUGUCUUUUGCCUAAGGGUCCCUCUCCAAAAAAUUCAUGGCAAUCAGUUUAGUAGCUUUUUUGUAAUCCUGUAAACAAACAAACUCCUCGGGGAAGAUAAGUUACUGCUGCAGUUCUCGUGAUACUAAAAAGGAAGGGGAGGAUAUCAGCGGACAUUUAGACUAAAAACAUGGUGUCAAUGAUGCUGUUUCGAGUCAUAUUUGAAUAUUGGGGCUUGGCUGACAACACAGGAGCAGUAUGGAGGCAUUUCAUGUUUAGUUUUUUUACGUUUGAAGAAUCGGUCACCAGUUACUAAAAUGUAUCCAGUUGGAUUUGACUGGAACACUGUUUACCCCUGAAACUCCGAAAGUGUUUUGCGGACUCAAACACUUCACCCACCCCUCCAUCGGCACAGUGGCGAGUAGAUGAUGAGUGAAUUAAAAUUUUUGGGUGAACUUUCCCUUAAAGUAGAUAAAUAAAAAAAAAAAGGGUUAGGGAAAUUGGGAUUUAGUGGAGAAAUGGAAAACUCGAGUUGGAAGCUCUGAUUAACCUCCUGCAUUCUCACCACUGUCUAUUUUGAAGAGGGGCCUAAAGGAUUUAACAGUCAAAGUCUGCAUAAGCACUUUUAAUAAGCAUCAAACAGAGUCCUAAGUGACAGUACUUCAGGGUUUGGACAGCAUUAGUGAUGUGGCAUAGAGUACAGGAAGCUACGGUUCCUGUUAUCCACUUGUCCACAUGGACAUCAAACGCAUGACAACACUGCAGUUAUCAACAUGCAAAGGAGUAUGGCAGGGAGUAUGAAGUGACAUUCUCAAGUGGGCCAUUCACUGCUAAUAAUCACCUCAAACAAUCACUCCGUCUGGCUUUAGUUAUGGCAGAUUGUGUUACAUGAUCCCUCGAAUAAUGAACUGGUGCGUCAACACUGCCAAUUCCACAUCGCAAACAACAGGAUCUGUCUGUUCCAGGCCCUAAUCCAGUCUGUUUGGGAAGCAGAGACUGUGGCGUGACACUUGUUCCCCCGUAGUCUCCAGUGUUCUCCCUUGAACCUCCCAGCGCCAGUUUACAUUAGCAUAACCGUGAGGCCCAUCCUCUCACUGCGAGAUUAGUUAAGCUCUCCUCCUUCUGUCUGACGGCUCUUUAUCCAGAUCCAUCUAUAGCCAGUCAGAGGUCUUAACCACACCAUUGCCACCAAAGUCAUUAUCAUUCACCACGAGAAGGAAUCAGCUCACUGAGGGUCCACUGUUUAGGGUUAGAUUGACAUCUCAUUUGGGAUGAAAAUACAGGGAACUCCCCUUUAGACUAUGAUGCCAAUAAAUGCCCACUCAAGCUGCUAUUAUCAUUCAUCCGGUUUGUAAUGUUUUUGGGACUCUGUAUCUACGUAAAAUGCGGGUUAUGUCAGCUGGACACGUGCUGUUGUUUUGUGCAUGGUGUAAGAAGCUUUACACUUGUUCACGUCCAACCUCAAGUUAGAUAAACUUACAGAAUUUCCAGCUGGUAAUGACGUCCUUUGGUCAACGACGUCCUUGUUAUCCCACAAAAUGUCAUUUGUCACAGUUUAACAGAUGGCGUAGAUUGUUUAGCAUGAAAAUUGAAUUAAGCUUAAAAUCAACCUCAUUCUCGGAACUUCUGGGCUCUUCCAUGAGAUUGUGAAGCGGCGCCAUCACCAGACAGAUGAGUCUGACAAGCCGCGUUAGUCCGUGGUGCAUAUCGCUGUAUAUAAACCACGAGCUACCACGCUGUUACGGCAGCUUUGCCACUAAUCCAUCAGACUCAGGUAUUUUACAUUGAGAGGGAGAAACUUAAAUAGUGUGCACUUGGUAUAGUCUCUUUGUCUGGCUUCUUCACCCAGAGGAGACAAACUAUAUCUAGUGUAAUUUGUAAUGGAAUAACUGAUAUUCUUUUGUGAUACAUUAAAUAAUAGACCGCUCAAAGUGAUGGACUUUUAACCACAUAAAGCACAGACUCCCUUGACUUCACCGCACAAUACAUUUGAGCACAAGUGCAUAUUUAUAAUAACAUUUAGAGAUCAUUAUAAAAGGGGUACCAUUCAUUAUGCAGAAGAAGAAACAGAACAAUGCGAGAGAAUAAACAAACUUUCAGCUGUUUGAAGUCUCAUCUACAUCAUAAAAUCCUCACUUUCUUCCAAAUGUUCCACUUUCAUGUACCGCUGUUUUUUUUCCUGUUUUCACUCUCUUCCUAACCUCUUCCCUUGCCCUAACCUUUCCUCUCCUACUACUUUUGCUUUCACAGUUUUCUUUUCUCUCAUGCUUUCUAUGCUCUCUCUCACCCUUUCUCCCGCCUACACUGCACUCUUCUUCCUUUCUCAACCCCCCCUCCACUCUGUCUCUCUCUCUCUCUCUCUCUCUCUCUCUCUCUCUCUCUCUCUCUCUCUCUCUCUCUCUCUCUCUGACUGUGCUGUCUGCCUCAGCUGUUCUCAGUUGCUCUCUGUGCCUUGUGCAGUGGGGACAGACCAGAUCUGCGCUGAGUGGUGCUGUGCUAAUCCAAACCAAUGUUGAGUACAGAGAGAGAGAGAGAGAGACAGAUAGGUGAAAGCGGAGCAGAGGCAGAGUCAGUGGAGCUUUUGCUCACCAAGCAGACGGGAUUAACAGCUGAAACACACUGGACCUGUCUUUCUUUCUUUAGCUGAAGGUAGAAGCUCAGCAUUAACGUGGAUCGCUGUUCGCUCUGAGCUUCAUGCUGGUCAGGAACCAGGACAGAAAACUAUGGCAGAUGUACCCAGACUCUCUCCUCCGUCGUGUAAUGUAUUAGCACAAUGACAAACUCUUAUUUGUGCUUAGUUUUGUACGGUUUACCUUGGACUUGUGGACUGCUGUGGGAGUCUCUCUUGCAGUGACAUUGACCCAUAACCCCCAACUCUGCUUCGCAGGUUCCGUCUCCCCUGGAGUUGGACUCUAAUUUUAGCUUUUGACCCCUGGAACAGGAAAGAGUUUCUCACUUUUGCAAGGAGGGAGAUACCUGAUCUGAAACCGACACUGGAGUCGAGUAUUUAAAGGACCUGUCCGACCUCUAUUGCCCCAAGACCAUGGGCUUUCCCUGGGGCAGCAUUAUGCUGCUGUUUGGGAUGGUUCUGCUCAGGAUGGAGGGCAGCGGAGCCCAGCAGGCCAAGACCAAGAACAACAUCCCCCGGCUAAAACUCUUCUAUAAAGAAAUGUUGGAGUCGAACAACCUUGUGACGUUUGAAGGUCUGGCCAACAGUUCAUCCUAUCACACCUUCCUCUUGGACGAGGAGAAAGGAAGACUCAUCGUCGGGGCCAAGGACCACAUCUUCUCCUUCAACCUCCUCAAUAUCAGCAAAGACUAUGCACAGAUCCCCUGGCCAGCGUCUCCCACCAGAAGAGACGAAUGCAAAUGGGCAGGAAAAGAUCUCUCGAGGGAGUGCUCAAAUUUCGUCAAAGUGUUGCAGCCGUUCAACCAAACCCACCUGUACGUGUGUGGGACCGGAGCCUUCCACCCUGUGUGCUCCUACCUGGAGGUGGGCAAGAAACCAGAGGACAGUGUGUUCAGACUGGAGCCUCACGUUGAAAAUGGCCGGGGGAAGAGUCCCUAUGAUCCCAAGUUGCUCACUGCCUCCAUGCUGCUCGAUGGGGAAUUGUACGCUGGAACGUCAGCUGACUUCAUGGGGCGGGACUUUGCCAUUUUUCGCACUCUUGGCAAUCAUCACCCAAUCAGGACGGAGCAACACGACUCCCGGUGGCUCAAUGAUCCCAGGUUUGUGGGCAUUCAUCCGAUUCCAGAGAGUGACAACCCGGAAGACGAUAAAAUCUACCUGUUCUUCAGGGAGAAUGCCAUGGAUGGAGAGCACGCUGGGAAGGCCACACACGCUCGCAUCGGACAGCUCUGCAAAAAUGACUUGGGAGGUCACAGGAGUCUCGUCAACAAGUGGACCACCUUCUUGAAAGCUCGGCUCAUUUGCUCGGUGCCUGGCAGUAACGGAAUAGACACCCACUUCGAUGAACUACAGGACGUUUUCCUCAUGAGCACAAAGGAUCCCAAGAGCCCAAUCAUCUACGCAGCUUUUACCACUUCCAGCAACAUCUUCAAAGGUUCGGCUGUCUGUAUGUACAGCAUGACAGACAUCAGGAGAGUGUUUCUGGGUCCUUACGCUCACAGAGACGGACCCAACUAUCAGUGGGUGCCCUUCCAGGGACGUGUUCCCUACCCCCGGCCUGGCACAUGUCCAAGCAAGACAUUCGGAGGCUUUGAUACAACUAAGGACCUCCCUGAUGAGGUGGUGACCUUUGCCAGGAGCCACCCUGCCAUGUUCAACCCCGUCUACCCCAUUAACAACCGACCAAUCAUAGUCAAAACGGAUGUGGACUACCAGUUCACCCAGAUAGUGGUGGAUAAAGUAGAAGCUGAAGAUGGCCAAUAUGAUGUUAUGUUCAUAGGCACAGACAUCGGGACGAUUCUGAAAGUGGUAUCAAUCCCCCGAGGCUCCUGGCAUGACCUGGAGGAGGUGCUGUUGGAGGAAAUGACUGUGUUUAGAGAGCCAACAGCCAUUACAGCCAUGGAACUUUCAACCAAACAGCAACAACUGUACCUGGGCUCAGACAUCGGCGUUUCCCAGAUGCCUUUGCAUCGGUGUGAGGUUUACGGGAAGGCCUGUGCCGAAUGCUGCCUGGCGAGGGACCCGUACUGUGCAUGGGACGGCACUGAGUGCUCCAGAUACUUUCCCAUGGCCAAGAGGAGAACACGGAGACAGGAUAUCAGGAACGGAGACCCACUCACACAAUGCUCGGAUCUGCAACACAACGAUGAACUGAGCGGGCAGUCGACUCUGAAUAAAACUGUGUAUGGAGUGGAGAACAGCAGCACCUUUCUCGAAUGCAGUCCCAAGUCUCAGAGAGCCCUGACUUAUUGGCAGUAUCAGCGUUCAACUGAUGACCGCAAACAAGAGAUCCAAUCAGAGGAGCGCUUCGUCCACACCGACCAGGGGCUGCUGAUUCGCACACUCAACAAGAGGGACUCCGGCAUCUAUCUGUGCCAGGCAGUGGAGCACGGCUUCAUGCAGACACUUCUGAAGGUGACCUUGGAGGUCAUUGACACCGAGCGCCUGGAGGAUUUGCUGCAUCGCGACGAGGAGGCCGCAGCCAGUGCCCCCGCCCUGGAAUUUUCCUCACCUCGAGAAACUCCAAAUCAAAAGCUGUGGUACCGAGACUUCUUAUCUUUGGUGAAUCACCCAACCCUGAACACCGUGGACGAGUUCUGCGAGCAGGUUUGGAAGAGGGAGAGGAAGCACAGGAGGCAGAAAGCCCAACUGGUGCAGCAGGGACAAAUGCACCAGCAGCAGCAGCAGCAGCAGAAGGUGCUGGUGAACCCUCACACCCACAUGCACGCCCAGGGGCUGGCAGCCAAGUGGAAACACCUGCAAGAGAGGCAGAAGGGCCGUAACCGCAGGACCCAUGAACUGGAGAGGGCCCCCCGCAGUGUCUGACCCAUAAACCUUAACUUUUAACGCCCAAAACCUGAAACCGCACCCAGUUCUCAUUCUGUAACCCCGAUUAACUUACCCAGCUUCUAUCUUCAUAUUAAGAUACAGACUUUUCCCACAAAGACUGGAUAGAAAAGUUAAACUGGAAAAAAAAGGUAAUGUAAUUCCCCCAUGUGCUGGCUGGUGUGUUUUAAUGCGUGGGCAGCCAUAUUUAUGGUGUGCCUGGACAGAGGACUGCAGGAAACAGGAUGUUAUAUCACAUCAGAACCGUUGGAGCAUAUUAUCUCAGCUGGCCUCUGUGGACCGAGCACUGCAGAGGGUCGGUGUCAACCUGCAACACAAACUGGGUACACACAGUAUAGGCACGACUGACUCCACGUCCAGGUGGCUGUGUCGAUGGCACCGUCGCAUGGCAUGCUAUAGGUGUCUUUGUGGGUGUGAAAACUAAAUAGAUACCCACACAUACCCCGAUAACUGCUUUUCUACUUCACAAAUAUGAACGAAGAGGAAAACGGGAUUGUAUUAAAGACGGGUCUGGAGAGUGAACGGACAAAAAAAAAAGAAAAAAAGCACAAGAUGGGAUACUUGGUCAUUUCUGGUAUUAUUCAUGGUUAAAUCAGUCGACACAAGAGAAGACAUUUGCCCGAGCACUGCAAAGGAACUGGGAGCAACCGUCACUGUUUGUUGACGAAUAUUAUUAUGUAGCUAAGAUGUGUAAAUACUGUAAUCUAUUACGUCUCCUCAAACUAAAGGGAAUGGCUUGCGGUUGUUGUGACUCUUCGUAUCGUUUCCCCAGAUAGAAAUGUAUUUAAGAGAAAGUCUUUUCUUUCAGCAGCAGUUGUAAGCAGGGAGAUUUUGUACCAGUCUGCGUGUGUACACCCGAGAUAAGCUUCACCGAACGAGACGGGUGUUCGUGAUUCUGUUCUGUUUUUUGAACCAUCGAAACUUCUUCCAGUGUCAUUUACAGACCGCCAUCGUCCGCCAACUGCAUCGUGUCAAUGCACAACAUGUUUGUUUAAGUAUGAUUUGUACACACUUUGUUUCCACUACAUGUGUAUUUAUUGAUAUACAAUAAUGUACAUUGGGAAAAUAUUGUUUUUUGAUUUCCGGGCUUUUAUUUUUUCGCAAUUUAUCAUUUGAUUUGAUGGAUUUGAUUUACUGGACCAAUCACUUUAAGUUACUGUGUUAUCAAAGAGUAAGUAAAGACUGACUGGUUAUUUAUCAAUGCUGAUCAAUAUUACAGGCAUUAUACAUCAAAUGCACUGAGCAAUAACCCAGUAUCCAUAAUGUAUUUUUUUCCUCCACUUUUAUGGUUUCAUAUCCAUAAUCCUCACAGGUUGUGCAGUGUCAACUUCAUUUUACUGUAUGUACCAUAAAAAAUACUUUUCUGGAUAUAACAAUCAUCUAUCCAUUACACAAUACACAUAUACACACACACAAAACUAGAAUGUAGCUGUGAACAUUUUGUAAAUAUAAAUUCUAUGGUCUAUGUUUGACAAGUAUGACACUGUGUACUAGUGCAUGUGAAUACUAUUGUAGUACUAUUUGUAUACUAGUCUGAUGUUGUCAUCGUUCUUCUCUUGUUUGCUAAUGCAGUACACAAUAUUAACUAUUUCAAAGAUGUAAAUACUAGAUUCUGUUAGGACUCUGUAUAACUGAUAGUUCCCGAGGUAAAGGUAUUCACGAGAUCGGAACAGGAUCCUCGCUGUGGAUCGCAUUGUCCACAGACCAGUUCCUAACAAUGAACAAUGCCGGUGGAGCGUUGCAGCAGCACGUCGAUGCGUCACGUGACCUCGUCUUGUGAGCGUUUGCAACACUUCAUCUGCUUUUGGGAGCUGUGACCUUUGGACUUAAGAAACAGCCGGAGCCAGGGAGAGGUUUCCAGGCUGUGGAACCGGAGCUGAGGAACUUUUCAGUGGAGAUGAGUUUGACAAGAUAAGGUCAUCAUUAUUAAGAGAAACUAUAGGGCGCCUCACUGCAUCUGACUUACAGCGGAGGUGAGGAAAUGAAGUGCUGCUGCUGCUGCUGCUGCUUUUAGGCAUGAUGAUGGUGGUGAUGAUUAUGAUGGUGAUGUAUUCUACUGAACUAAUAAAUGUCUCUUCAUAAA